AUGCAAUUUAACAAGAACGAUGUGUUUUGGGGCAAGAUCUAAGGCUACCCCUAUUGGCCAUGCACCAUAGCAUACGAUUAACCAGAUAAAUAAAAAUGCAGAGUCUUUUUCUUUGGAGACAAUCAGCAAGGUGAACUUAAAUAUCAAGAUCUUAAGCCUUUUGAAGAACACUUUGAACACUAUUGCAGUUAAGCCAAAAAGAAUAAUAACCUCAAGAUAUCUAUUGAAUAAGCCAUAAAUAAAGAAACCCAUAAACAUCUCCUACCAAUCUACGAAAAAAUCGUAAAAGGUACUAACCAUUCAAAAGUACAGGAAUCAAAACAAAGCAAAAACAAUCCAGAGAUUAAGAUUUAGUCAAUAAAACAAUCAUAACCAAAAAAAAUCGAAAUUUUCAUCCAAAAGCAUUUUAAAGAUGUCAAAGGCGAAGUUAUUCAAUAAAUUCUAGAGAAAUGCAAUAACAACGAUAAAAAAGUAGUCAAGGCUAUAAAAGCUUAUUCUUCAUUAUAAGCAGGAAUAGUAAACAAGAUAUUUAAUUUUGAGUCAUUCGAAAACUAUUACGAUUCCUCGAUCAAUAUUAUAAAGAAUGAAAAUUAUUCGAUGCUUACUUAAUUGCUUGAACCGAGUGAAAUUAAAAUAUUUUUUUGA